CUCCGCUUCCUCAAGUUCUCUAUUAUUAUGAAAACCAAAGUCAAACUCCACAACCACGCUUCCAACGGUCGAAUAGAUACAUUCCAGUUCGCUCCGUAUCGCUUCGAACGAAACUAUAACGACAUGCAGAAACGUCUGACAGCUGUCUACCAAGCGAGUUACAACCAAGCCGGUUUGCUGCUGCAGGCCAUUCAGUUAAAUCGACGCCAACGACUUCAUCCAAAUUGCAUACGACACCUUGCUGAUUUUGUCGUACAGGCAUGGGAAGUGGAUCCAACGCCUUCCGUCACAACCGAUCUUGUCGCUUUGAUGAAUAAUAUUCUAAACACGACGGCGCUGAUGCCCGAGGCCCCACUGGACGAUGCUCUGAAAGCAUUUUGUCGUGGCAAAACCUCCACGCCAACCGUGUGUCCAAAUAUCACUUUGCUCAUGGCUGUGCAUUAUAUUCAACGACUCAAACAGCGAUACGGGGGCAUCCGAGGCACCAAAGGAUGUAGUCAGCGGCUGAUCAUGGUGGCUUACAUGGUGGCUUCGAAAUUUAUUCACACCAAUUUACGAUCCAUCAUCCACACCGAAGAACAACAGCGGCAGGAAGAAGAAAAAAAGCAAGAAAAGCAGCCAUCACCCAAAGUCAAAGAACCAUCCCCUUCACUAUCCGACGUACCACCAAGACGUGGCUCGAAAAAACUGUUAUUUGAAAACGAUACCCUCCCACCGCUCCGCACCGACCUUCGUCCACUGUCUCCGCCGACCUCACCCACUUUCACUGCGUCUGAACUGGAAAAAUAUCACUAUUUUGAACCAAACAUGACUGAUUCUCUCACGCCCAAAGAACGAACGCAACACAUUGUUCGCAUGGAAAUCGAAUUCUUACAUUUUAUCAACUAUAAUUUAUCCUUGAUGGACAUUCAUCACAUCGUUCACUGGGCCCACUUGUUCAUGGACAAAUCCACCGACAAUGAACCGGAUGACACGGCAAAUGAUGCCGGUGAUGAAAUGGGCUCCGCCGAUUGAUCUCAAUUUUUUUCUUAUAAAACCCAAUCCGCUUAGUCAAAAUGUCAUUGACCAAUCACAAUCAAAGUUACUUAUACAGAAAUGGAAGUCAUUUACCUUUCUAAAAAACCAUGUCCGUUGCUUUUCAAAACACUUUGCGUUGAUAGCACGACAAUUUUUUUUUUUUUUUUUUUUUUUUUU